UCCCUUUAAAACCGUCUGACAAAAAAGCCCAUAUGAUCCCUGAGCUCCAAUCACCAAUUCCUUCUGCAAAAGCAGCCUCUGCAUUUUUGUCUGUCUGAAUGCUACAGCAGCAGCACCGGGGGAGAAAAAGAUUGAGGGAGCAGGCAAAAGCUGAAGAAAUGUGACAAAUCAACGGUCAUUUUCAUGGCGGAGGGGAAACUGGUGCGAAAGGAGUUAUUCUGGGACUCCUUUGAGCCUCGAAACGCUGGAUCAAAAUGCUCAUAGUGGAGAAGACCACAGACUUCCCCUCUGCUGAGUUCUCUCUGGUGGAGGAUGUGGCUCUGCACUUCACCUGUUUGAUGGACAGGCUGAACGAGCAGCGCCUCUUCCAGCCUGACCUGUGUGACGUUGACAUCGUUCUGGUGCGUCAGCACAGCACCUUCCCGGCCCACAAGGGUGUGCUGGCAGCCUACAGCCCUUUCUUCCACUCUCUUUUCGCCCAAAGCAAACAGCUGCGGCGGGUCGACCUGUCGCUGGACGCUCUGACCUCUCAGGGCCUGCAGCAAAUCCUCAACUUCAUUUACACUUCCAAACUGCUGGUGAGCAGCCGCACUGUCCGCGACGUGCUUAACGCCGCCACCCUGCUUCAGAUGAGCGACAUCGCAGCCUCCUGUCGUGACCUCAUCAGCAGCCACUCGCUGAGAACCACCUGCGCAGAUAUGGCCAAUCAGGAAGGGCUCGGCAGCAGUGACCCAGCUGCUGUAGCGAUGCCCCCCGGCCAGCUGUACCGGGAGAUCAAGCAGGAGUCAGAGCUGGGCAGGGUGUACACCAGGGAAGGCAGCAGCCCGUUUUCUGUCAGAGUGGAGGAGGCUGGAAAGACGGCCUCUCAGGCGAAGCAGUACUACCAGAAGGAGGAGGGCUCGGGAGGCGGGGGCAGCACAGGUGUAGCUGCUUUGUGUAAGAUGGAAGGCAACGAAGAAGAGUCGAAGACCACAGACGGCCAUGUCUCCUUCAACCGAGACCAGAUCAUCGUUGAAGUCAACCUCAACAACCAGACCCUCAACGUGUCAAAGGGAUCGGAGGGCAAAUCAGCCACCGCCACAGAAACCGCCACCAUAUUUGGCCGUUGCCAUGACAACAACCAAGACUCAGAGGGCGAUGAGGAGAACGAAGUGGAGAACGAUGAUGCAGUUGGAGAAGAGGAUGAUGAAGACCUGAAGAGGGGCGACAUAUUGGGGCAGAGCAGCGAGGAGGAAGAUGAGGAGGAGGAUGAGGAAGAGGAGGAGAACACCUUAAACAUUCCAGGCUUGGAGCAGCCAGCCAUGAUGGAGCGACCUCGCCGUGGCACCAGAGCUCUAGCCAUGGCGGGAACCACGGCCUCCAUGCGGCAGACGCUCGCUGAGGCCACUCUGGCCAACCAGCGGCAGGGAGGGAAGAGGACGCUGGACGCAGAGGGUCUGGGCCAGAAGGUGAGGCUGGAGGAGAAGCAGCACUUCCCGUGUAAGAAAUGUCCUCGAAUCUUCAACAACCGCUGGUACCUGGAAAAACACAUGAACGUCACCCACAACCGCAUGCAGAUCUGCAACAACUGCGGGAAACGCUUCCUGCUGGAGAGCGAGCUGCUGCUGCACCAACAGACCGACUGUGAGAAGAGCAUCCAGUGUGUGACGUGCGGCAAGGCCUUCAAGAAGCUCUGGUCGCUGCACGAGCACAACAAGAUCGUCCACGGCUACGCCGAGAAGAAGUUCUCCUGUGAGAUCUGUGAGAAGAAGUUUUACACCAUGGCUCACGUCAGGAAGCACAUGGUCGCCCAUACGAAGGACAUGCCGUUCACCUGUGAGACAUGUGGGAAGUCGUUCAAGCGCAGCAUGUCCCUGAAGGUUCACUCUCUCCAGCACUCCGGAGAGAAACCCUUCAAGUGUGAGAACUGCAGCGAGCGCUUCCAGUACAAAUACCAACUGCGCUCCCAUAUGAGCAUCCACAUCGGACACAAGCAGUUCAUGUGCCAGUGGUGCGGAAAGGACUUCAACAUGAAGCAGUACUUCGACGAACACAUGAAGACACACACUGGAGAGAAGCCGUACAUCUGUGAGAUCUGUGGGAAGAGCUUCACGAGCCGACCCAACAUGAAGCGCCACCGCCGCACCCACACUGGAGAGAAGCCGUACCCCUGUGAAGUUUGCGGCCAGCGCUUCCGCUUCUCCAACAUGCUCAAGGCCCACAGGGAGAAGUGCUUCCGCGUCAGCAACCCCAUGGUCGCCGACGGCAGCGACCCCCUCGGCCUCGACCGGCCCCUGGCCUCGCCGGCCGUGGACUCUUCCGGUCAGGUCCAGCUGGGAACGGCGCUCCCCGCCACAUCUGUGACCACACCCGCUGCUUCCUCCAACCCCCACCCGCUCCACGGCACCCAGCUGUCUCUCCCCCUGCUGCACUCCAUGGGGGGGCUGCCUCCCACCCCACAUUUACCGCCACCGCCUCCCCUGUUCUCUGCUGGUAGGAUGAACUCCAACAACUAACAAAUCUCUGUAGCAUUGAAAGCACUUUGUUACUUUUGUUUCAUUGUUUUUCUUUGAGCUUUUAAGAGGACUCCUGCAGCGGGAGAGUGAUGCCCCUCAGUGGCGUUUACUGAGGAGGAAAAACUGAAAAAAAGGCUACGCGGAGGCCUCGUAAAAAACACACACCUACCACAAGAAGAAAUAGUUAUUUUUUACUCUGUUGAAUACAAUAGCUAACCUCAGAGUCCAGUAGGACGUGUCAUCAUCACUCUUCUGCUCAUGAAUUUCACAGCUCUGUCCUGGUUUUCUUUUGAGAUUUUUCCGACACCACACACAUCUCUCGAGAGCCUUGCACAAUGCAUUGAUUGUAGCGUCUUUUACAAAACGGGAGGAAGAGUUUCCUGAAUCUUCACUCAUGGGGGGAUCAUCAGUUGAGCAAGAACCACACUAUGAUGAGGGGAAAAAAUGAUUUAUUUUUCAUUCUCUGCCAAGAUGUAGCGAGUGGUUCUGGUCUGACCCAGCAAUAACCAAUGCUGAUUUGUCUUUGAGCAUAUACAUGUGUAUGGCGUUGCCAAUAACCAAAUCCUGUUAGCUCACCUGCUAUAGUUAGGUAAUGUUAUACAGCAUUUAUAAUCGAUCCUGCACCUUACAUUUAACUCAGUGAUAUUUAAAAUGUAUUCCUAACUGUCUUCAUUUUUAUAAUUGUGAUAGUGUGUAAUUCGUGGCACGUUACGUCAAUUUCUAAGGACAUAAGAGAAGUUGUGAUGUGUGGAGAGUCGGCCGUGCAAUGCAGUGUGUGGUGUUUGUGAUGGUGUGCGUGUGAGAUGCAGAGACUGGAGGUGAGAAUCCUCAGAUCUACGUUCAGCUAAUCAGCGCUUGAGCUUCCCAGAGUCAGGAGGCGGAGGAAUUUGUCGACUCUCAUCUUUUGCUUACAUUAAGCAAGCGCGCUCUUCUCCUGCAGAUUUGGCUUCGAGACGAUAUGGCACUUUUUUGUGACUUGUUAGUAAAUAAAAAAACCUAAUGUACUCGGACCUACAGUAUAUUUGUAGGUUUAAAUCUAAUGUUAUCGUCAAUGUAACUUCCAGCUCAUUUCCCGACUAAACCCGAUCUGUAUAAUUAGUUUGCAGAAUAUCAAGAGUGUAGGGAUAGAAAUAUUCACAAAAAAACAUGCUUAUAUAGCUGAAUUAAGUAAUCCAUAUUGUGAAAGAAUAACAUUGCAUUAUAUUCCAAUGCCUAAAUCUCUUAAAGAGCACUGACAAUGAUUAAUUAUGGCACAACAGAGCUUGUCACUAAAAGGCCUCCUUACUGUUAAAUCGCUAUUAAAAGAUAGCGAUUCUUUUUUUUUUUUUUGUUAAAUCAAUGAUCUGUAGCAGUUAAUUAAAAUUGGGGAUGUGCUGAAAAAUAUGUGGCUCUGUGUACACUUCUGGCAAAUAUGUGAGUAGAUCUAAAAAGAUGUAAUCAAGUCCCUUUCAGUAAUUAAAGGGAAAAAUAUGCUUAUUUGCUUUCUUGUCGAGAGUCAGAUGAGAAAAUCAAUACCACUCAGAUAUCUGUCGAUCAAACAUGAAGCUAUGUUUGCACAGAAAGACUAAAACUUACCUAAGAGUGUCUCUGAAGCUCCAUAAUUAACACAUUACAGCAUAUUUGUCAGAUUCACUCACAAAAAUUGUAAAAGUGACAAUCUCUGGUAUCACUGGACGUUGUGUGCUUGACUGUUGAUUGACUUUUGUGGCACAAUGACUUACUAGAGUCUCCACAAAUUGUUGUUUUUAGUUUGAAAAUAUGUUACUUUAGCUUAUCUAGCAGUUGGGUGCCGUUGCCAGCCAUUAUGCUAAUCGAAGCUAAUUAGCUGCAAGCUGUAGCUUAAAGAGCCCAUAUUCUGCAAAUUUAAAGGUUCAUGAUUUUAUUUUUUGGGAUGUACUAAAAUAUGUUAAUUUUUUUUCAUAUUAAGACUAACUAUUUUUUCUUAUAGUGUACUUCAAUGCAGCAUUUUAGCUCCUGUCUCAUCCAGAAAAGCCCAGUCUGCCCUGAUUGGUAAGCUGUCCAGAUGAAAGUGAGGCAAUUUUAGUCAUGCCAUAUAUAUAUAUAUAUAUAUAUAUAUAUAUAUAUAUAAAUUUAGACAGAGAGACACAGCCCUAUCAGAGGCGACUUUACUGAGAAAAUAGUAGCUGCUCAACUUUUGUUUGAGGGCCCAAAUAGCCACUAGAAAAAGCAUCAUGCAAAUACGUUACAUGGUGACAUCACUAAGUAACAGAAGAAAAGCUUGCACUUCAAUUGAGAUGUUUCAGGCUAGGGCUGCAACUAACGACGCGUUGACGAAUCGUCUGAGCACGAUACGUCAUCAAAAGCGAAAGUGAACGCGCAAUGCAACAGAAAUCUCCGUCCGACCAGAGCGCGGAAUACGGACGGACAUCGGCGCUGCAUCGUGCAUAUAUUAUGUAUGCACGAUGCAGCGCGGAUGUCCGCAUUUAGAUACAGCUGUAUAGUAACGCUGACAUCUGCGCUUAUGAUAGAUCGCGGAUGUCCGCGCUGCAUCAUGCGAACAUAAUAUAUGCACGAUGCAGCACCAAUGUCCGUCCGUGUCCGCGCUACGGUCGGACACUGAUUUCUGUUGCAUUGCGCGUUCACUUCCGCUUUUGAUGACAUAUCAUGCUCAGACAAUUCAUCGACGCGUCGUUAGUUGCAGCCCUAUUUCAGGCACUAAGGAGCAGUGUUUUCUCUGGAGAGAACAACUCCCUUUUGACUUUGUAAGUUUGCGGACCUUUUACAAACACAAAAAAGCUAUUAAGCACUAAAGUAAAGAAAAAAACUCUAAAAGCAUAGUAUGGGCUCUUUAACAGAUAUUGGAGUGGUUUAGAUUUUAGAUCUUGUCGUUUAACUCGCACAAGAGAACAAAGGCAAAUAAGAUUUCUUCUCUGACAUUUAAAUCAGUAUCCAAAAAGAGUCUCUGUGCAUUAAGGAUGCACUCCCGCUCACUUUAUCCAUAGCUAGCCUACUUAUUUGUAGCAUUAACCUGUAAAUACUGUUAAGAGUGUUUCUUCCUCGUGAUUAAUUCCUCAUGUUUACAUUUGGAGAGUCAGUUGAAUGUGCCCCCACAUGUGUCUUGGGCUGGUACUAUCGAAAGUUGGAAUUUGUGGAUAUGCUUUUGAAAUGUAAUAAGCUGUUUUAUUUAAAGACAAAUUUAAGCACCUUUGUGUAGUCUUACGUCUAAGCUCGUCCCAGAUACAUGUAUUCCUUAUACUGCCAUGGUUAACCAGUUAGGGCCACAUCAGAGGUUAUUUAAUAAUGGUACAUUUCUUUCUUCUUUUUUCUUUUUCUUCAUGUGUCAAACACAUGUUUUGUAUUUUUGAUUUGCUGCUUUUGUACAGGGUCCAGUUUGAGACUGCCCUUAAAUGAAAAGUCUGGAGCUGUUGAAUUGUAUUGUAAUUGAAUUAUAUUCUGGCUGUGAUUAAAUCCAAUUUAGCCUUACUGGACAAUGAACCCCAGGGUUGGAAAUAAGCUAGAAUUUAGACAUUUGGAGCAGUUUGAGGAGGUAAUUGCCAACAUUUUAAAGUUAAAAUUAACUUUAUUAUCAUUCAAGACCAUACAAUGGAGAGUAAUUACAUUUUUCUACAAGCUACAAGUGCAAAAAAAUGAAGAAGACAAUACAUACACAUCUGUAGACAUAGAUAAUAUAUAUAUAUAAAGCACUAUAUAAACAUUGAUAACAAGGAUUGCACAAUGUAAACUGUAGUGACUGAUUGCUAAGAACUGUUGCUCUCUUGUGGCCACAU